AUGGAAGGUGAGACAGCUCAAGGAGAAACGAAGAGGGAACUCAGCCACACCACUAGGGUGCGGACUGCCCAGGCUGAACGGGGAGUGGGGGGGGGGGGACUUAUCGAUAAAGCAGGCAAGAAAUCAUGGAACGUCUACAACCCGGAUAAUAUCGCCCGUGUGAAACGCGACGAGGCCCAGGCACAAGCCCGCGAAGAGGAAGAUGAGCGACUCAUGCAAGAGGUUGAUGCUGAACGACGAAUUAAGAUCUUACGUGGCGAGCGGCCACCGACGCCUCCUCCCCCACCCCAGUCAUCUACUGAUACCUUUGCACGAUCUGAAAGAAAACCGAACGAUGAUGCGGGCCGGUAUCGGAAAAAACGGCGCCUUGCAGGGGAAGACGACACAGACAGAGAUAUUCGAUUUGCCCGGGAAGAUGCCGAGCAGGCGCUUUCCAAAAGAGACGAGCUCUCUCGUUCAUCUCAACGGGAGGGCAGGGACCAACAGGUGCCUCUUUGGGAUAGCAGCGGUCAUAUAAACCUCUUCCCGGAGGGCUCCAAGAAAGCCGAGAAGAAUUCCGAGGCUGAAGCUGAGAAGAAGAAGAAGGAACGAAGUUACGAAGACCAGUAUACGAUGCGCUUUUCAAAUGCCGAAGGUUUCAAGGAGCAGGCAGGUCGUCAACCAUGGUAUUCAUCUGGUGCACAGGUAGUCACAGCGCCUGAUGCGAUGCCCGAUAAGAAUGUCUGGGGAAAUGAAGAUCCUAUGCGCAGGGAACGAGAAAAGACUCGCAUGGAUGUCAAUGACCCUCUUGCAGCCAUGAAACGUGGUGUGCGACAAUUAAAGGCCACGCAGCAGGAACGAAAAGUAUGGACUGAGCAGAAACGAAAAGAGAUCGAGAGCCUGAAUACCGCAGACAGCCAUAACGCAACACGACAUCAACGGAAGCGCUCACAGUCCAUGGGUAGCCUAGAUAACUUUAAGUUGGAUGAGUCUACUUCGAAGGCUGACGGUGAGAAACAUCGUAGGGGCUCUCAUCAUCCUCGCCGACAUCACCACCGGAAUCGGAGCAGGGAACGAAGCCGAGACCGCCCACACAAACGGUCCAAUGAGACUUCGGAACGUUCUCGUCGCGAUUGUCAUGAUCGUCAUGAUGAAGACCGCCGAACCAGGAGGCACUCCCACAGGUCAAAAUCGGGCAAAUCCCCUGCCCGACGUUGA